UUCAUCACUGAUUUUCAGACUCUGUAAUCAAACUACGUAUAAAUUGUACAAAGUUUUUUAGAAAUAUUAUAUUCCUCGGGAUAACUUAAUCUUGUUACUGUUAAUGGAUCGUGGAAUAUCAGGUUCACUUGAAAAUUUUAUCGAAAGAUGCCGAUGUCUUUCUUUUAAACACAAAAAGCUACGUAAUUUCAUCCUAUGGAUUAUGGUGUUGGCCUUAACAAGCUUUACGUUGCAAUGGCUCAAUUCCGAAAAGAGCACGAUGCCAAGAUCAGCAAAUGUUGAAAGGUCUGGCUUUCUUACAACGGCGUUAGAUAAAAUACCACCACAGAGCUGUGAGGUAUUGCACCCACAAUCUGUAUUAUAUAACAGGAUUCCCAAGACUGGAAGUUCCACAACUGUGAGAUACGUUCUAAAAAACAAAAGAAAACUAAAAUUUACAUCUAAAUCAGAACUUUUAACAGAUAAAUGGUACAACUAA